CGCGCCGGUGACGUCAUCAAACAUUUCUCGUGCCACAUUCCCCGAGCGGCGCGAGGGCAGCGAGACUGUUUUCGGUUUAAUUUCUCCACAGUUCUCGUUUUGUUCUCUGCCGUCGCAUAGGACCCUACAGCUGGUUUUGUUCCUUGGCUUCUUCCAGUCGUCAGCAGAAAGUUUGUUAUCGUGAAGAGUUCCCUGGACAGCAGCUGAAGAAAGCAGCCUGGUCAGCUGGUCAAGCCUGUUGAUUUCUUCUGGCACUUGAGACACAUUUACGUGGCCAGGUGUAAACAGGCCCAUAAGCGCUGUCUCGUGAAACGAAACCAUGGGGAAGCAGAACAGCAAGCUCCGCCCUGAGGUGAUGCAGGACCUGCUGGAAAGCACAGACUUUACGGAGCAUGAAAUCCAGGAAUGGUACAAGGGCUUUCUGCGGGACUGUCCCAGUGGCAACCUCUCCAUGGAGGAGUUUAAGAAAAUCUACGGAAACUUCUUUCCUUACGGAGAUGCCUCAAAGUUUGCCGAGCACGUGUUCCGUACAUUUGACGCAAAUGGCGAUGGCACAAUAGACUUUCGGGAGUUCAUAAUUGCAUUGAGCGUCACGUCACGAGGGAAGCUGGAACAGAAGCUCAAGUGGGCGUUUAGCAUGUAUGAUUUGGAUGGAAAUGGAUACAUCAGCAAAGCAGAGAUGCUGGAGAUUGUGCAGGCGAUUUACAAGAUGGUGUCAUCAGUGAUGAAGAUGCCAGAGGAUGAGUCCACACCUGAGAAGAGAACAGAAAAGAUCUUCAGACAAAUGGAUACCAACCGGGAUGGAAAACUGUCUCUGGAGGAGUUCAUCAAAGGGGCAAAGAGCGACCCGUCCAUUGUGCGUCUGCUACAGUGUGACCCCAGCAGUGCAGGACAGUUCUGAGAUCAGCGUCUCAUGCUUCAACCUUUUAUUUAUUUAUGGGUUUUAAUUUAGUUUUUGAUAUAGUCGCUCCUUCCACUCGCAGGGAAAUGAUGGAGGGUCAGGUUUUUUUCCAGAGUAGGGCAUCUGGGUCUCAUCAGACUGAGCUUGGCCAGAUAUAGAAACACACACACGCGCACACAGAGUUAUUGGCUUCGUUAUCUCUGUAGGGAGCCACACCGGGCCUGGAAGAGGCCUGUGAUGGAGUGAAUUAGGGUAACUAGAGCAUUUAUCUGAGCUCGAAUCACUUCCUGAUUAGAAGAGGUUUCACGUCAAAGUACGUACAUAGUCAGUUUUAUUCUUCUUUUCUCUGGGUAUUAGAUGAGGCAGUUUAAUCUUGACUAAGACAGGAAUAUAAGAUGGGAAAUAAUUUAUGCACUCAGUAAAACAAAGUUUUAUUCAAUUAUUAUUAUUUGUUUUUUAUAAAAAAAAAAAAAAGAUAUCUGAUGCCUGAAUCAAUAGUGUGUAAACACCUCCGCCUUAUUGAUUUACAUAUUUGGGUUAUUUUUAACUUUAUUUAGACUAUAGUUUCUCUCAAUUCUUAGUUUGGCCAGCAUUACUGCUGGCAGAUCACAGUAUUAUUAUCCAAUGGGACCAAUAAAUCAGGCAUGCAGACUUUCCAGUGGUAUGAAUCCCCACGUUGUGCUUACAAUCUAAGGAGCCUUAUUACUUAGUGCUGGAAGUGCACAUCCAAUUUUGUGUGGAUUAGUUUGGUUUUAGUCGGACAGUCUAGGUUCAAAAGACAUGAAAUGAACUGCGUUCUCUUUUACCAGUUUUCUAAUGUUUGUACUCUAGUAACUGUAGGCUUGUAUAUAAAUCUGAAAUAUCAGACACGCAUGCAAAACUGUACUCAGAGUUCCAUCUUAGGAUGCAGCGAUCGGUUUUAUUGACAUUUUUAGCAAAAGCAUGUAACCACGUUUAUCUGCAUUUGUGGACAGGAGAGUAUUUGUGUAAUGUGUAUGCAUGUGUUGUGUGUGUGUGUGUGUGUGUGUGUGUGUGUGUUUGGUUAAUAUCAGUUACAGCCAUGUUUGCUCAUCCUGGUUCUAGAUGUUGUGAUGCAUCGUUUGCAUAAUUGCAGAACGCUUUUUGUUAUUGAAGAACUAAAGCUUUAUUGAUUCAAAGCUAAUAUGAUUUUAUGAUUCACAUUUAUCUGCUAUACAGUCUUUAACUCUGGAUUGUACACAUGAGCAUCAAGUAGUUACUGAAUUGCCUUAUACACACUCAAGUGUUUCUGUGGGUGAGUGAUUUUGGUAACACUUUACAAUAAGGUGUCAUUUGUUAACAUUACAAACAUGAACAAUGCAUUUAUUACACUAUUUAUUAAUCUUUGUUGAUGUUAAUGAAAAUAUAGUUGUUCAUUGUUUAUUCAUGUUAGUUCACAGUGCAUUAACUAAUGUUAACAAACACAACUUGUGAUUUUAAUAACGCAUUAGUAAAUGCUGAAAUUAACAUUAAGAUGAAUAAAUGAUGUAGAAGUAUUGUUCAUUCUUAGUUCGUUUACUAAUGUUGUUAACUAAUGAACCUUAUUAUAAAGUGAUACCGUGAUUUUAAUAUGGCUUUGUUACUUUUUUUAAAUCAAGCUUAAAUUGCAGUAAAUUUGCUUCAAUCAUCCAUCCGUUGAAGAGUUGAGCUCCAUGUUCUUGCCAUUCACCCCUUUAACAGAUUAUGUAAUUAUGUUGACGGCCUUUCACUUAAUAUAUUAAUCUGUCAUACUGAGUUACACGCUCAUUUCAAAAUUACAUCAAGAGUGUAAGAGGAAAUAAGACCCAUCGCUUUUCAAAUGCCCCUUGCAUUCAUGUUGUAUUCAUACCUGUAUCCAUUUCACCUGCGGAACGAAUUGAAUUGAACAAUAGGUAGAGAGCAUUUAUUCAGAACUCCUAAUAGUUCCUGUAUCAUCACCUUCUGCCAACUGCUUCUACUGAUGUUCAAUGUUCUUGAAUGUCCUUGUCAACGUCAAAUGCCUCACCACAGUGCAUUCGGUUCUGCUAUACUGUUAAUGAAUGUUUUUAUUUUACUUGUUGAACAACUGCUGUUUUUGUAAAAAUAUAGAAAAAGAAAAGUUAAAGUGGCAGAUCAAAAUUGCUCUGUAAUUUCAUGUUUUAUGCAUAUUUUACGUAGUUUUUUUUUUUUUUCAUUUUGUUUUCUUUUUAAACAUCUGACAUAACAUUUCUGUAUCACAGUUAUAUCAUGUGGUCAGGUGCCAAAAAUAUGAAAGCAGUAUUGUAUAAAUUUAUACUGUACAAUUGUUAUUUGUCAAACAAAUUGUUUGUAAUUGUUGCAUUUUGUAGAUUUUGUAUGGUAAUCUGUAUUUUGUGACUGUAGAUUUGAGACAUAGAGAUUUGUUUUGGUUAUCAUAUCGAGCAGAAAUUAAAUCUUGAGAGA